AUGAGAAAACUACUUUUACUUUUCCUAAUCUGCUCAUUCAAAAUAUGGGCCGAGAAUACAAGAGCAUCAAAAUUUGCAAACUCUAAACGAAAGCGAAAUGGCAACGCAAUGCGAGAAAAUAAAUUGAACAAUGACGAGGAAGACCACUACAGCUUCCUGUCCUUACGGACAACGAACGAAGAGAAGGUUGCCAGCGAAAACGACGCCAACAACGCCAACAACACCAACAACGCCAAUGACGCCAAUAACGCCAAUAACGCCAAUAACGCCAACAACGCGAAGAAAGAAAAUCAAGGAGAGGAAAAAAGCAACGGUAAUGAAAAGAAGAAUGAAGAUAAUAGCAAUGGCAAUGAAAAGAAAAACGAAGAAAACAACGCAAAUGAGCAGAAAAAUGACCAAAGCAAUGGACAAAGUACUGGCCAAAGUAAUGAUCAAGGUAAUAGCCAAAGUAAUGCCCAGAAUAAUGCCCCCCAAAAAAAUGAAUCCGUACCAAUAGAAAAAAAAAUUAAUAAAGAAAACUUGUUAGAGUAUGGAACCCAUGACAAAGAUGGCCAUUUUAUUCCUUCCUAUAAAACAUUGACAAAUGAAAUUAUAUCAACAAAUAAUUCUCUGGAAAAAGCAUCAAGCUUCCUGAAAAUCGCCUGCUCACACAUUAUGAAAAUUCUGGAAUUCAUCCCGGAGAGUAAAUUGUCGUCUCAGUACAUAAAGGUGGAGUCAAAAAACAUAUACAUAAAGGACAUCACUUCGGAAUGCCAAAAUAUAUUUUUUUCGCUCGAGAAAUUAACCAUGACAAUGAUUGUCCUAAAUUCAAAGAUGAACAAAUUGGUCUACGUCCAGGAUAAAUAA